CCCUAGUUACGCCAACAUAUAUUUAUAUUCACCAAACCAUAUUUUAUCUCCAAAAUUUUCAUCACAACUUAUCUUCUUUGAUCCAAAGAGCUUCUCCGAGCCUAAACUAGACAAGAAUCAUUAAACAUCAGAAAUAUUAUGGAGGAAGAAGACAAGAGAGUAGUGGCGAGGUGUUUUAGCUUCACGAGAAUCACAAAGAAGAAGAAGAAGAAAGAGGAGGAGCAGUUGAUAGUAUCUAGAGAAAUCGCAAAGAGAUGGAGAGAACUAAGCGGUCAAAACCAUUGGAAAGGGAUGUUACACCCGUUGGAUCAAGAUCUCCGGCAAUAUAUCAUACAUUACGGCGAGAUGGCUCAGGCUGGUUAUGAUACUUUCAAUAUCAACACUGAAUCUAAAUUCGCUGGCGCUAGCAUUUACUCCAGAAAAGACUUCUUUUCCAAGGUUGGUUUAGAGAAAGCGCACCCUUACACAAAGUACAAAGUGACGAAGUUUCUGUACGCGACAUCGCAGAUCCACGUGCCUGAGUCAUUCCUAUUGUUCCCAAUGUCACGUGAGGGAUGGACAAAGGAAUCGAAUUGGAUGGGUUACGUGGCGGUCACAGACGACCAAGGAACGGCGAUUCUUGGUCGGAGAGAUAUCGUCGUUGCUUGGCGAGGCUCAGUGCAACCACUUGAAUGGGUCAGCGACUUCGAUUUCAGUUUGGUCAACGCAAACAAAAUCUUCGGUGAUAAUAACGAUCACGUACAAAUUCAUCAAGGUUGGUACUCAAUCUACAUGUCUCAAGACGAACGUUCACAUUUUAAUAAGGCCAAUGCUCGUGACCAGGUAUUGCGAGAGAUCGGGAGGUUGUUGGAGAAGUAUAAGGAGGAAGAGGUUAGUAUAACUGUAUGUGGUCAUAGCCUUGGAGCUGCGCUUGCAACGCUUAAUGCGACGGAUAUUGUGGCUAAUGGUUAUAACCGACCAAAGAGUCGUCCUGACAAAUCUUGUCCCGUUACGGCCUUUGUCUUUGCUAGUCCUCGUGUUGGUGAUUCGGACUUUAUGAAGUUAUUUUACGGAUUGCAAGAUCUCCGAGUCUUACGAAUAAGGAAUUUACCGGACGUAGUUCCGAUCUAUCCACCUUUAGGUUACGCCGAAGUCGGAGACGAGCUUCCAAUAGACACAAGAAAGUCACAAUACAUGAAAUCUCCAGGAAACUUUGCGACGUUUCACUGCCUAGAGGCUUACUUGCACGGCGUUGCUGGAACUCAAGGGACGGCCAAAUCUGACUUAUUUAGACUUGAUGUGAAAAGAGACAUUGGAUUGGUCAAUAAAUCUGUCGAUGGGUUAAAAGACGAAUGUAUGAUCCCAGGACAUUGGAGGGUUCUUAAAAACAAAGGUAUGGUCCAACAAGACGAUGGAUCUUGGAAAUUAUUGGACCAUGAGAUUGAUGAUAAUGAAGAUUUUUAUUUCUGAUUUUUGUUUUGGUUUGUCAAGUGGAUGUUGAUGUUUGGAAAAGACUGUAUUUCUAAAUGCAUAUGUUUCACGUUGUAUUUCUUUUUUUCUUUUUGGGCCAAAGUUU